AAAAGACCUAAAUUAAUAGCGCCUAAUGAAAAAUGGAAGUUACCACUCUUUCUCACUUAUAUACUUUCACUACUCUGUCUCACCUAUACACUUUCACUACCCACUUACAUUCAAUUACAGAGAAAAUUGAUGAUCAAUAUUGUAGUUGAGCAAAUACUAACAGGUAUGUUUUAUUUUAAUUUCAUUAUGAUACAAUUUCUUUCUCUCACUGAGUAUUACAUAUGAGAUUAUUGGCAUAGGUAUUGAUUGUAUGGCUAAUAAUUAAAUUCAUUUGGGAAGCUUUGAUUAUAUUUACACUCGAGAGUUUGGGGUAGCUAUUAGGUUAGGUACGUACUGAUAUUUUAGCAUAGAUAUUGAUUGCUCGGUUAACGAAUUCAUUUGGUAAGCUGUAAUAGAAAAGGUAAAACUCUAAUAAGAUUACGAGAUAUAUGCUUCUAUAAUAGUUAGUUGUUUUAUUCAUUAUUCUUUUGGUGUAAUUUUGUUAUUUUGAAACUCGCGGCACAUACAUAUAUGCAUUUAGACUUGUAUACAAUUUUCAUAAGUAGUGUUAAAACUAUUUCUAACCACAAAUGUAUGCAAAUUUGGUGAAUGUUUGCAUUAUUUAUAAGGAAAAUAUCUCAUAGACAUGAUCUAAAAAAAUUAAAAAUAACUGAUGUUCAUUAUUUAAGAUUACAUAUUUUAGAAAAAUAUAAAAGUGAUUAGAGUACCAAUAUUGCUUUUUUAUUUUUUUUAUUCAUUUGAUUGAUCCUUGUUGCUUGAUAUAUAUACACAUUAUGGAGCAGGUAACCUUUAUUCUGCUAUUCUCAUAACAUCAUCUUUAAAAUUAUUCCAUACAUGAGAAUUUCUUAAAUAAUGAAAAGUUAAAAGCAAUUCACCAAUACAACUUACUUAUCACAUUAGGCUUUAAACUAAAUAUACUUCAAUUAUAUGCGUGUGUGGUACUGUGAGUUUUCAUUCAUGUUAUAGAAUUGUCAUUAAUCCAAAUGUGAUUUAGAAUGAACCAUUUCAUGGAUAACUAAUUCUUUUUUGUCAUAAUAGUGAAACUAUGGAUCCAUACAUGCGAUACAGAUUAGCCUCUCAAGAUACUGUAGAAUCUUUUACAGACAUGUUGACAAAUGAAAGUACUGAAAAGAAGACUCGAGGUCCUACACAAAUGCAUAAAAUUUGGGGAAAUCGCGAUGAUGUGAAGAUAAAAAUUACAUGUAAUAGUUUUGGACAGCCACAUGAUGAAAAUGCAGACAAACUUUCAAGCUUUAUUGGAACAAUAGUACGAGAUGGGAAAAAUGCUCCAAUUAAUUAUAAAAAUUGGCAUAAGGUACCUGCUAAAUACAAAUAUGAAAUGUGGAAAAUCGUACAGGAAAAAUUUGACAUUCCUCUUAAUGCUAAGACUUGGACUUUUAGACUGUUUGGUAAAAAGCUUAGAGAGUGGAAAUGUUUUCUUAAAAAUACUUAUUAUUUAGACCACUUAUCAUUUGAGGAGCAAAAAAAAUGCAAGGACAAACGAGUGUAUAGUGAUCAAUGGGAAGAGUUGAUCAAAUAUUGGGCAACAGAUAAUGCAAAGAGAAAAAGUGCUAAAAAUAAGAGUAGUCGUGCAAAAAAAGAAUACAAUCAUACAACUGGCAGAAAGAGUUUUGCACAACUUAGAGCAUUACAGAAACCAGAUGGUGCAAGUACCCCAACACGUGCAACUAUGUUCAAAAUCUGUUAUGCAAAGAAAAAAAAGAGUGUUAUAAGUGAGAAGACAAAAGAGGCUAUGCUACAACUACAAGAAAAACAGCAAUUGAAUGAAGAUGCAUCAAAAGAGAAGACUAUGAAUGAUACUUUUUCUGAAGUCAUGGGCAGAGAAAAGCAUGGAUCAGUACGUGUUGCCCCUGAAUUCGCCCAAAAUACGUGGACCAGUCGAAAUGGGACACGUGGAUCAGAUAACUUGUAAAUAUUUGAUAAGUCUUUGUACGCCACAAGGAAGCGCCAUGGGCAUAGGUCCCGGAGGAGACACCCGGAAUACAAGGUACUCCCGGAAGCUCGCAUAGCAUGAAGCCUCUCCGGGAUGUGUCAGGCCUCUCCUGAGUAAUCAAGUCGCAUUUAAUGCCGCAUGGGAGGAAGCGUGUUGGGACUGUAACACGCAAUAAAGUCUGACGGCACAACCCCCAAACAGCAGCGCUACAGUAAUGAUCAUUUAAGUCUAGCGACGGCUACUCUGCGAAGAGUCACGUCAAUCACAAGGAAAAAAGGACAUUCCUCAUAAAAACCCUACAGCACCUAGGGAUUUGACCAUGCAUCACCCAUGGUAUAUUCAUUGGAAAUACCCAACUUUAUGGAUACUUACAGAUACAUGUGUAAGAACAAUUCUAGGGAUUACCCCACCAAAACACUAUAAAUACCCCCUCAAAGCUCAUUUAAUGGGGUCGAGAAUCUUG